ACAGUAUAUCAUGUAAUUCAUUACAACAUCGGCUCUAUGCAUCACCAUGGUUCGGUUGAAGCAUCGUUAUUUGCUCGUCAAUAUUUUGUAUCCUUCCAAUGGAUCUGUGCUUGUACAUGCUCAAGAUGAAGAGGUCAACAAUUUCUUACGUAUCCAUGCACCAUCGCCGCCAAAAUUUGACGAGAGGUCCCUGGUCAUGCUAAUCCGCAAUUCCGUGAGCGAAAUGUUUGGAGAUUAUGGAGUAGGAAAAGUCUCUGGUAGCCUCAAAGUUGUCUACUUCUCCGCUGCUACUUCAUCAGCAAUCAUCAGGGUUUCACGAGAGCAUGUUAGACUGGUCUGGGCCGCUUUGACAUUCGUCACGCAUCUUCCUAAGGCAUUUGGUACUCCAUGCGUUAUUCAUGUGGUGCGAAACUCCGGUACUAUACGCCUUGCAGAAUCCGAAGCGAUUAAAAGGGCGCGAGACCUUGUGCGAAGAGCACGAGCCUCAAAUCAGAGAGAUGGACUUGAACAAGUCUUGAAGAACGCAGUUCAAGCAGAGGAGCGCGAAUCAGCGACAAUGUCCGUUGACGAGGAACUGACCAGUGGCGAUGAAUAAGUCGCACUUACAGCAUAUAAGGCUCAUAAACUGCGUCGACAUGACUUGAUUUUUGUCGCUACAAACGAAUACUCUGACUUUGGCAUCUUGUCGGCUGCUUGCGUUUGUCGAGGGUAUGAGCCCUUGGGCUGCUCUAUUUCGCUCAUCAUCACUCGACGAUUUCCUGAUACCACGCCAAGAAUCUAAACUGCUGUGAACUAGAUGACUUAGUCAUGAAGGUACGAUAUGAUGCGCCUCGUUUCACCAUAUGGGCAUUCUCCCCUUGCGAGUUAGUGGUUCAUAAAGCUCGAUGUUUUAUGUGCCUGCUGUGGCAGCUUAUCAAAACGGGUGGCACUCAAUUGAAAGCUUAGGUACGAACCACAUGAAAUAACAAAGCUUCGCCUGAAGUGUAUGUUGAUGGUUUGCUGCGCUGGAAGUAAAUAGAGCAAUUUUAGCCUAGGACGAGCCUUGGACGGCAAGUUGGUGGCCGCGCUGAGCAGAUUAGGAACGAUGCGACUAUGCAACAUAGCAAAAAUUCAAGGCACAAAUGGUUCAACGAGAAUAGACUUGAGGUAAUGAAGGAGUACGCUGGUACGCAUCAUGGUGUUCAGCGCAUAAGUUAACUCCUAGAACCAUUUCGGGUAUUUAUGUACUCCAGAUCCUUCCUUUUAGAAAUAUGUUCGCCAAAUCUACGGCAAACACUUAUACA